UUUUGUAUGAAUUUUAUGCGACGAAAAUCAUACUGUACUGGAAUGUCGAAUUUAAUAUUAAUUAUGAUUAUAACAAUACGUUUUUCUGAUGGUUGGAUUGUGCCAGGGACACUUUGGUGUGGACCUGGAAAUAUAUCCACAGGUAACUAUAAUUUAGGGAUAUUAAAAGGAGUUGAUGCAUGUUGUAGAGACCAUGAUCUUUGUGAAGAUUACAUACCAGGUUACGGAACUAAAAAUAAUUUAAGAAAUCCCUCACGUUUUACCAGAUUAAAUUGUAACUGUGAUGACACAUUUUGGUCUUGCUUGCAUGCAGUAAAGGGUAUAAUUAAUGGUAUUAAAGCUGCUACAAUUGGUUCUAUAUACUUUAAUGCUCUUAAUCGACAAUGUUUUCGAAAAGAUUAUCCGAUUGUGAGCUGUAUUAAACAGCAAUUCGGUCGAUGUCUUCAAUAUAGGAUGGAUGUUUCUCGUAAAAGAAUAUACCAAUGGUUUGAUUUACAACAUUUUUAUUUAAGCUAA